AUGGUGUGGCCGUCGUUCAUAAUGUGUGGGGUGGUUUCCUCCAUCGGAAACACCCUCUUCGUCGAGCAGGCCGAUAGAAUGAAGCCAGAUGCUGGUGUUUACACAGUCCCUCUCGGCGUCCUUUUACACCUACCCAACGCCGCGAAGUUCAUCCUCAAACAAUGCUAUGGUUUUAGUUACACCUUGAUGAAUAACUUCUUCAAAUUGUGCGGUAAGAUAACAACAUACUUCAAAGGAGUUGACGCCAAUGUGUUUUAUAUAGAAAAGAUGGCGGCGCUGUUCGGCAUCGGAAUGGCGAUGCUCAACGCCUUCGUUUUUGUUAUCGGCAUCGAUGCAUUCCUCCAAGUAAGCGUCAAUGAUUUCUUCAAAAACUAUGACCCUCUCGAUAAAUCAUCACAAGAGGGGAAACCCACCUUGGAAGAUCAGUCCUUGAAAAAGUACAGUAUCCAGUUCACCAACUUCGUGAUGGGUCUGGGAUUUAUAGGCAGUGUGGUGUCGGUUUUGGCGGUGGCCAAAAUCAGCCAGAGUGUGACUGGGAAAAGCUGGAUACAGAAAGAAGUGACUGAUUGUCGGCUGGAGAACUACUAUUGGGUUUUUGCUGUUCUAAGUAGCAUCAAUAUCGUUUAUUACGUUAUUGCAGCUAUUUGUUACACCUGCAGAAAGUUAAAGAAGGCUCCCAAGAAAAACACGGCCCCCGGCGACGCUCCUCAACAACCCCGGCCGGGUAAAACUGGAUGUUGCUCCUGCUAG